GGGACGUUCGAAAACUCAGCUGACAGGCCGAAUUAAUAACUUUGAAAACUGUAAAUAACCCCGUACAAUCCAACGUUAGCCCGCUCACGGUCACCGGGGACACAUAACCGUUAGUUAACCGCCGAAAUGAACGUGGUGGGAAUGUUUGACCCUCCGUGCGGGCUGACAGGCUCCUCGCCAGCCGCCACCCCGAGACGAAGCCGCCUGAGCAGAAGCUCCAGGCAGACUCAGCAGACCCCCACAGCAACUGAAAACGAGCCUCUGUGGAGCGAACAACCAGAAUUUAAGACUCCAACCAGAAUCCUGAGAUCUAGAACAGGCGGAGGAUUCAGCGAAGAGUCUCCUCACAACGACUCUGACUUUCAGCAGGAUAUCAUCUGGGACGCCACCUCUCCUUCUCCAAACAGACUUGGUAAAAGAGGAAAGAAGAAGCCUCCAGGAGCCGUGAACAUCUCAGAAAUCGUCAGCAGGAUCGCUCCAAAGCAUGGCAGGCCGAAGGUGGCAGAGCCGACAUUGCAGCAGUGGAUCGGAGACAGCGCAGCCAUUCCCUGUACUCCAGACAUUCCAGCUCCCAAACCAAAGAAGAAGUCCCCGAGGCCAAAUGGAGUGGACGACUUACUGAAGCUCGCCCAGCAGUUUGACUUCAACAUGUUUCGACGGGACGAAGAGGAGGUGGAGGACCUUCACCAGCAGAGCCUGGAGCUGCUGUCCGAGGACGUCCUGGACUUUGAGAAUGACUUUUCGGCUUCACUUCCUGGAAAUCCUCAACCAGCUGUGAACGCUGCUGCUGGGAGAGAAUCUCAGAAUGACCCGGAUCUACAAAUGGAGGACGAUUUGGAUUUCCUGUUUGAUGCACCGACUCAGCACGUGAGCAGAAAUUUAAGUCAAGCGUCUCAAGUGAAACAGACGCCAAGCACGUGUGCAAAAGAGGCUUCUGGGAAGGCAUCUGCGUCUUCUCUCACUUCUAGUGUUUCCACGGUGAAAACUAAAGUUGCUCCUCUAAAAGACGACUUCGAGGAUGAUUGGGAAAACGAUGACUUGUUAAACGACUCUUUGGUUCUGGAGAUGACACAAAACCCACAGAUGUUUUCUGCUCCAGCGCACUGUUCAACCCAGAAACCUCCCAGUGAAAUAAAGCAUCACAGUCCAGCUAGUGUUCCCAUCAGUGGCGGCAUUCAAACAUCAGGGAAUGUGAGACAAAGAUCGACCUUUAAACUGGAGUCCAAUCCUCGUUUUACUUUCAAAAAAAGCCAGGCAGACACUUUGACCAACUCGAAAGUGGAUUACAGCUCAAAACCAGCAGAGGAAGACUCUCAAAGGAGCAGGUCUGGUGUUUUAGCCGGAGCAGGGUCCCAAGAGAGCUGGCAAAAAUCAAACUCAGUGAAAUCAGAUUUACAGAAACCACAAAGGACUCCUGAUCCAAACGUCAACCACAGCACAGCAGCAUCUUCAUCAGCAGAAAGCGCUCCUCUCAGACCUGCUGCAGCUUCAUCCCACAGCGAGGCUGCUGCUGUCUUUGACUUCCUGGACGACGACCUGAACUCUUUCUUCUCCUCUGACCCGGUGUGGGACGACCUGGCCGACGACGACCUGCUGUGUGAGAUGUGUGAAGACGUGGAGAACCAGAUCCAGAGCGCCAAGAAUGUUUCCACCAAACACAAUCCUUCCAUGUCGACCCAGAAAGCACCUCUACAGCCAUCCACCAGAACAUGGGACAACCGGACUCAACAACCGACCAAUCACAAACCUUUUCCCCCAAAACAAACUCCUCAGACUUUCCCCGGUGCACCUGGGAGUUCUUACUCAGGUGGGUUUGUAUCGAAUGUAGCUGCAGGUGCACAAAUGAAAACUGAUUCUUUCAGAUACACACAAACAAAAACCUCUUCAGGGUCUGUGAACAGUUCAGUGAGUCUGCAGGGGAGCAGCAGGAUUCAGUCUGCACCACAUGGAAGCAUCCGGAAAGAGCAGUUCACCUUUAAGAAGCCGAGCAACCCGGUUUCUACAGUGACAAACAAUGCUUCGGGGAAAUGUUCAGCAGCAGAGAUCGAGCUGAAGAAGCAGCAGGCAAUGGAGAGACGGCGGCAGCGACUGCAGGCGACCCAAAACCUCCGAGCUCCGACCUGACAGAGGAAACAAAGACAAACGGCUUUGUGGAAUCAACAAACCUGCAGAGGUGAACAGAGUCAGAGCUCAGAGGUGAAACCUCUGCUCAUGCUCCGUCCAGCUUCAAAUCUCUGAAUCAGCUCUGUCUACAUUUCUUGUACAAACAUGUUCAUAACAUUUUCUAUCUUAUAUUUGACUUUAAUGUCUGAAUUCUGACUUUUUUGAGUUUGAUAAAAGAAGGAAAUAUCAGUGGAGCUAACCUUCCUCUGUAGAUUAUCUUCUUCUAAAAUGAGAGAAGGAGAUUAGCACAUAGUCUUCCUUUAAUGCUGAAUUCUAACACAAAAGUUGCAAGUUUGAUGCUUAAUCUUUAAUUAAUGAAGGAAAACAGAAAACAGAAGUUUUGUUUGAUGCAUUUGAAGCUUGGAACAUAAAAAAUAAUCCUCCAGUUAAAAAAAGACGUUAAAAUUGUCAGUUAAAGGAGUUUAACCGGUGUUGUUCUCUCACUGUGCUGUUUUUGUUGCUAAGCUAGGCUAACAAAAUCCUGGACAGGUGACUAAAUACUUAUCCAAAAGUGGCGGACUGUCCCUUUUAGAUGUUUGUGUUCUUAGUAGAGUAUUUUGAUUCAUUUCCUUUUUGAUCAUGAACACAGGGCACCACUGCUGCUGUUUUUCCUUUGUUUUUUUUUUUAAUGCACUUUAACUGAUUCAAACGUGUUUUAUCAAUAAAGUUUUUACUGUUUCUGUCA